AUGAAAUCACAAAGACAAGAAAUCUUGGAGGAAUUAGUUAGAACCGAAUCCUAUUCAAGUUGUAAAUCUUUGAUCAAAGAACACCUUCAUUUUUGUUUUACAGGAAGUCGAUGUUGCUUUAUUGUGACGUUAAAUGCGAAAAUGGAGGCUCGCCGGAAAAUCAUAUACCGAAUGAGUGAGGGGAAGGAGCAUGCCAAGGAUUCGGACCAGAUGGAUGAAUCUAAGCUUCUAAUGCAAGCUCCGGAUGUUGCUUUAUACUAUUAUUGGGUUCAAAGUAUGAAUGAAAGAAACCAACAACAACAACAAGGUCGGUCUGAGGCUUACGGGUAUUCUUCCAUCCCCGCCCCCGCUUCUGCUGUCACCGCCUCAGAACUUCAAGGCCCGGCCCAACAAGAUAUCAUUAACACGACUGAGCAAUGGACCUUCGAUGAUGGGUUCAACGAUCCUAACUUUGGGUAUAUGGCUCAAUUACCGGAGGAGAACUUGGGAUACCAGUAUGGAUCCGAUACAUCCAGAGCAUCUUGUGAUCCAAAUAGUUUAGAACGAUCCUCCGUGACAGAAGAAUCUCUACUCGAUCUAUUGGAUGGUCCACAUGCACUUGACCCAGCUGCUCACUUAAGUAAAAAGUCGAAUCCCAAACAGCUACCAGAAGCUCUUAAAUAUUUAGCCCCGGUACCUGUUCAGGCACAUGUUUCUCGUCAAUAUAAUAAUACACAAUCGACACUCGCUCCGCAAUCCCCGCCUUAUCAUGUGUUACCUCUUCGACAAGGUCCUCCAGAUUACCACUAUACUCAUCAACAAAUUCAACAUGCACAACCAAUUCCUCAUCAACCUCCUGCCAAACCCACUACUACCGCAGAUGUGAAGAACCCAUUUCUUUAUGGAAAUGUUGAUGUAUUUUCUGAGCCAUUAGAAAUUGCAAUAGGUCCUGUGCCACUUGUCUCGUCCUCCAAAGGAAAACGGAAACAGACUUUUAGCCCUUCCCCAUCUCCUGAGCCUCAUCUAUCACGCCCUAGAAGGACUGCCAAAGCCAAACGUCGACGUCAACAAACCUCUGCUCCUCUCUCACACGCUCCGUUUAACUCCGAAUGGUGGGAAAGUGAUGCUUCGCUUUGCUGGAGAUGCCGUAAACACAAUUCUAAUCACUUAAUAUCAGGAUUCUGUGAUUCCUGUAUCCGAGUAUCAAAUUUCAAUGUUGCUCCAAGUACCCAAGGAACGAGAACGGAAAACUUAGAAAGCUUGGUCUUAUAUCUUCUACCAUGUUUGCUCUCCUUCCAUCCAUUUUUGAUAUAUGCAGAACCUAAUCAUGCUUUAGCACACAUGGAAGAAAAUCUCCGCGCUAUUCCUCGAGAUACGCUGAAGACCAAAACAUGGCGCAUGUUCUCGGCUGAGAGGGCCGAAAAAGCCUUCGAUCACGAUUUUGACAAUGCUGUCUUUAGAGAUCAUUUCGUGUUAGCACAAGAACAGGCUCGUUCAACUGGUGUUUUCGACGAAAAAUACUCAGAUCUAAUGGCCAUAGCUCAAACAUACCAAGAAUCUAUUCUCCAACCCAACAAAUCUCUUGAAGCCUCUUGCAGAAUUUUGAUCGAAUGCUGCGAACUAUACAAAUGCUUCAUCACAACUACUGUGCCCGCACCACCUAUUCCAGUUCUCAGCCUCCUCGAAAAAAUUCGCACUACGCGUAGUACGAUGCGCAGAGCCUUUAAAGAAUAUCAGGCACUCGCGCUCGCUCCCUCAGACUUUCGAUCUCGCCGCGAUUGGCUACCUUCAUUCCUCUCGGCAUGUUCACUUGCAAUAUCAGCAGUCGUGUUUAUAGAUAUGAUGGUAGCCAUUCCAUCACCCUAUAAAGAGAGAAUAUGGGGUACAUCAUGGCAACAGAGGAUCACUGAGAUAAGGCAUGGAGGAUAUGGGAUGAUGUUGGAAGUUUUGAAAGCGAAUACGAAGAAUGUCAACCCACUGGAAUUAAGUUGUUGGAAUUUGGAUACCGGAAUCGACACGAGUUUCCAGACACUAAACAACAACGCAUAUGAUCCUUUUGGCGGGAAUCAACACAUAAAUGCACAAUACAGCACCGGAUACGUUUUGGAUCCUUCCUCCCACAACCAAUUUUCCUAUGGACUCGCUACACCCACACCACAAGACUUUGCUCCAGACAUUUUAUACGCUAAUGUCAAUUAUGAUCAGACAUACUAUGAUAGCUGGCAACAAAUGCAAAUGCAAAUGCAACAACAAGCAAAAGCAGAAGAGGAAAGGAGGAUUUUGCUAGGGGAUAAUUCACCAGAAGCAUUGCAGGGCAUGAUGGCAGUGAAAUCAUGGCAAAUCAAAAAUUUUCAACAUCUGAAAUUGGGAGAGGAUAUUUUUAAGAAGGAUUUAUAUCGACAGGCGACUAUUAAUCCAAUUGCUGGUUUAUGGAGGAUUUUUGAUAUGAAGUGA